AUGAGGGGAAGAACAUUGUCACUGGCGCUAGCUUCUGUUAUUGGAAUUGCCAAUGUCCAGGCAUUCUCCAUGAAGCGUCCCACCUUGACUUCGAAUGCUCCUCUGACGAUCGAUCUCGUGGAAGGUCAAACUUCUUUUUCCAAACUGAGCAAACAAGACGUAUCGGCUCGCACUCAACCUAUCACUACCAAUGACAUGCAAUCUUUUUCGCACCGCGAUCGUCGUGGGGGGUUCAGCACCAAAGCGAAACCAACUGUCGCCACAAUUGACGAGGACACGCCCACGAAGACUACUGAGAAAACGGAAGGUGACGACGACACUGUCUAUGGCCUCAACAUGGAGUUCAUUGAUGAUCCUAAGGAUAUGGAUGUCUUCAUUCGCAACGAAUACAACAAGUGGCUUCAAUUUCACAAUAAGGAGGCGGAUGAAUCGAGAUACCCAUCUUUCAAGGAGAACUUUCUCAAUCAAUUGAAAUAUGACGUUAGGAGCGCCAAGGAAAAAGGAGAAAAUCCUCAGUUUUUUCAUCUGAAUGAAUUUGGUGAUAUGACACCAAAGGAGUAUCAGCAUGAAAUGGUCACUCUGGAGGCCUACGAAAAUUGGUGCAAGGCUCAUGGCCGUCAACAAGAUCCUGUCAAGUAUCCUGUCUUUAAGCAUAACUUUAGAGUCGUCCAAGAAAGCAAGGCAGCUGCUUCUACCAACUCGACAGAGGACAAGUCACAAAUUCUGAAUGAUAUGAAUGCAUGGAAGGGACUGACUGAAUAUGCUGAUUUGACAGAAGAACAGUUCUCUUGGUUGACUUCCGAUGAACUCUUUCUGAAUCACCGCUAUGCCAAGUGGCUCAAGGACUACGGCAAAGAGAAGGGUAACUUUCCAGAAUGGAAGAGAACAUAUGCUCAACAGUUGGCGUCGAUUCAUAGGGCAGAACAUCAGCACGUUGUCAAGUCGUUUAUCUUUGAUGAACUCUCUGAUCUCGACGACGAAUCUUACAAGAUUGAACGGGAGUACAAGGAUGCCUACACAUCAUGGUGUCUUCAAUUCAACAAGCCAGAGAAUCCAGCACGCUACGACAUCUUCAAGAUGAACUUCAAACAGCAGAUCCUAAAAACGAUUGCGAAGAUCGACUUGAAUGCCACUGACGUCCCUGACCUUCCCGUUCUAAACCAGUUUGCCGAUCUUUCCUUGGGUGAAUUUGCUACAAUCGUCUCGACUGAAACCUUUAUUCAAAAAGAGUUUCAGGCAUGGUCGGACCACUAUCACAAGACUACUGGCUCUUAUGAGGUGUUCAAGGCCAACUACCUCCUCCAAUUGGAGCACCUCGCAAAUGGUCACUGUGUCCGAUCCUUUGUGUUUGAUGAAUAUUCGGAUUUAACUCAAGACGAGUACGACCAAGAACUCAUUUGUCAGCUGGACUACCAGCAGUGGUGCGACGCCUACAGCAAAUCGGCAAGCCGGGAGCGGUUCCAAAUCUUCCGUGUGAAUCAUGCCAUUGCGCUCGCUCAGAAUUCCACCAAGUCCAUGACCAAGGAUGCUGAUCUGACUUCCGAUGAGUACAUGACCAUGGCAUCCAAUAUAACAUUUAUUCGAAACGAAUUCCAAGAGUGGUUGGGCUUCUACGGAAAGGAAACUGGAAAGUUUGAAACCUUCCAAACAAAUUUUCUUCAACAAUUGGAAACGCUCAAGGAUACCUACAGUUUCAAAUCUUUUCUAUUUGACGAACACUCAGAUCUGACUUCCAAAGAACGACAAGAGGAAACCAGACUUCAAGAGGUGUACCGCUUGUGGGCUACGAAAAAUUCGAAGGCUACCACUAAGGGGCGAUUCAAAGCCUUCAAGGCAAACUAUGCUCGCAGCUUGUCCUUGAACAUGGAAUUGAAUAAGGAGGCCGAUCUGACUCCAGAGGAAUUCGCCAACAAUGUAUCAAACAAAGAUUUCAUUGAAAAAGAAUUCAACAAGUGGUUGCAAUUCUACGACAAAAAGAAGGGAAAUCUUGAUAUCUUUCGAAGCAAUUACUUGGAACAGCUCGAGACACUAAAGAAUGUUCACUGCUUCAAAACGUUUGCUCUAGAUGAAUACUCAGACAUGACUGUCGUGGAGCGAGCAUGGGAACCAUUCUACACGACAGCAUACGACAGCUGGUGCGAGGCGUAUGAAACGGAUCAAAACCGAAGCCGUUAUGAGGUUUUCAAGCAGAACUGCGCAAACCAAAUCCAUGCAAAUGUGACCAAUGGAACGGCAUUGGAGCUGACACAAUAUGCCGAUGUCUCGAAGGAAGAAUUUGUGGAUAUCGCCACCUCCAAAAGUUUCAUACGAAAAGCUUUCAAGUUGUGGCUGAAAACUCACGACAAGGAUGAUGGUGACUAUGAUACCUUUGCGGACGUGUACACUCUGGGUAUUCAUUCCAUGGAUCAUAGUUGCGAGAGUUUGAAUCUUGAGGAAAAUGCGGACAAGACGAACAUUCAUCAUGCCGUGGAUGCCGUGUGUCGAAGGGAGUACAAGUCGUGGUGCAAGUCGCGGGUCAAAGUGGAGGAUGAAAAGCGAUAUACGGUCUUCAAGAUCAACUUCCUACGGAAACUUCCUCGAUGCGUCGGAAAGGCUGUCGAUCUCCACGAGUUUGCAGACAGGCAUACUGACGAAAGCAUGGAGCUCGAACAGUUAUACUCGGCUGUGUAUGCCAAGUGGACACGGGCAUUUGGAAGAAGCAAGAAUGGAAAGGAAUAUUUCAUAUUCAAGACAAACUUCUUGGAGCAACUGGCCUUUGAAGAGACUACCAACGAGACUUUUGCCUUCAAUGAGUUCGGAGCCACGUCCAAAGCGGCAUACUUCCAAAUGGUAUCUGCACCAGAGUAUGUUCGAAAGGAGUUUUUGAAGUGGACCGAGCAGUACAACAAGACCAACGACGAGUCCAACUUCAAAUCAUUCCAAAAGAACUAUCUUGGUCAUUUGAAGGCCGAGCAAGAGAGAGAUGAUAGUGUUCCAUUCUACCUGACCAAGUCACGAGAACGACAAUAUGAGCUGGAUUCGUUCUUCAAGGAAAAGUAUGAAACAUGGGCUACCAAGUUCGGAAGAGAGCAAAACGAUGAUCGAUUCGAAGUGUUCAAGAUCAACUACGUCGAACUUCUUCGUUUCAACAAUUGCAAUAGCAAGUUUUGUGCCAUGAAUGAAUACGCUGACUCCACUCAAGAGCAGUGGGAACGGCAUUCGUCACGAAGAAAGCCGGCUUUUGUCCCUGAUUCGAAUCGAGCUGAGAAGGGCUCGAAGCCAGUUUCGUUAAGCGAAGAUAUGCUGGCACGCUUGGAUCGUCGAAGUAAUACCCGAAGGACGCCAUUCUUUGCAUCUGACCCGGUGCAGGAGUUUGAAGCUUUCACCUUCUCGUCCAAGGAAUCAGAUGCAAUUGAAAGCUCACACUAA